UGGGAGGAGCUUGCCCAAACUCAAAUAAACACUGACAUGCAGCAUCUUAUGAGGAUGUGCAGCCUCAGCAGCACAGACUGCAACAGCCAGAAGGACAAGACAGCUGAAAAUCUCUGGCAAGAUGAUCAAAUCCUUCAAGCAAACAUUCCUGUCCCUGGACCUGCAGUCCCCUCGGUGGAGCUCAACAGAGACAAUGGCCAAGGACUAUGAACUGCGUCAGUAUGAGACGGCCAAGUGGGUGAGCACAGUCAUCAGGGGGGAAAGCCAGAAGGAAGCCAUGCGCCAGGGCUUCUGGAAGCUCUUCCACUACAUUCAGGGAAAGAAUGAGAGAGAAAUGAAGAUUGACAUGACUGUGCCAGUGACCUGCCUGGUGAAAUCUGGCUGCACAGACUUCAAGAUCUCGUUUUUUGUGCCCUUUGAACACCAGGACUCCCCCCCCCAGCCCAUGGACUCCGACGUGUUCGUGGAGGAGCGGAAGGCAGCGGCGAUCUUUGUCCGGUCCUUUGGUGGCUUUGCCUCCCCAGAGAAAUAUGCUGAGGAAGCUGAAGUCUUGGCCAGAACCUUAAGAAACAGAGGCAAACCAUUCCAUGAAGACUUCUUCUAUACUGCAGGCUAUGACAGUCCCUUCAAGCUCUUCAACAGGCACAAUGAAGUGUGGUAUUUUAAAAAGUAACAUGGUGGGGGGAAUAUUAAGAGGCUACUAAUCAGCUCUGGAUGAAAACAGACCUUAUUAAUGGCUUUUGCUUUAGUGCAGAAGAGAUUUAAUUUGCACAUGGACACAGAAUGUCUAAUUCAUCUUCUCUAGGAUGAAAUACUGUUGUGGCUAAAAUGAUCUCAAGCUCUGUCUACAAAAUGUUAUUUAAAUUCAAGUAGAUUGUACCAGGUAGAGUAGGAGGGAGAUAGUACAAGCUUACUCUUAAUUGAGGGGUUCUAGGGAACACCAAUAAUCUGAAACUAAUCCUUCCCAAAGUUUGGAUGUCUAGUUUUACUUCUCAUUAGAAGUGCUACAGCAACAGCUCAAGUGUCAUGGAGAAUUCAGUUCUCCAUAGAGCUGACUUUUCCAAUACUGACAUCAACCCUGAGACAGAGGAAUUUAAAAAUGAAUUUUUUAUAGAAAUCUAUCAUUAAUGAGUUUCAGGAAGCAGAAACACCUUAGCAGGCUUUCCUGCCUCAUUAUUAAUAACUUGGUUUUUAAUUGGUAGUAUCAAAAUCCCCCACCUCUUCACUUUUUUCCCCUCAUGGAGGCCAAAUCCUGUCUUGCUCAAUUCCAGUGGAAAAGUCCAAGCAGUGUGCUUGUUCUGUGCACACCUGGACACAUAAUACCAGGAUUACUGGGGGCAUUUUAGUAUUAAAGUAGUAGUAAGUUUAGCUCUCACCUACAACACACUAAUUACCCCUUUAAUUGUUUGCCUUUGUCUAAAUGUUGGUAUUGGCCAGGCCAGCUGCGGCCUGCACACCAGCAGCACUGGACACCCCAGUUAAGACACUCGCAAGCAUUUCACCUAAUUUAGUCCCUGCUCUAAAUCAAGCAUUUGAAGCUUUUAUACAGUAGCCUAGAGCUGUUUCACACCAAGCUGUUCCGGUCGGAAAGGAGGUCACAACAACAGGCAGAGUUUGCAGAUUUUUAUUGGCUCCAACCAGCGUCAGGCAAACAUUACCAGUGGGGUAAAAAACACUUGGGCUUUUUAAUGCUGUUCAUGCAAGUGUGGCCCAUUAUACUGCAAUCCUCCACCUAGUAAGACAGACAUAAGAACCACUUUAAGACACCAAACCACCACAAGACACUUGCUGGGAACAUCUCAGCCCUUAGAAUUUCAUCUCUGUUCAGUGAGAGAGUUCAAGCUAAGGUUAUCAUCACUUGUUCCAGCAAAGAAAUGUCUUAAUUACUGCAGUUACACUCACCUUCUCAGUUCUUCAUACAGUAAUUGCAAAGUUGCUUCCUCACCUAAAGCCAGAAGAAAACACAAUUAGCACAUGCAGUAGCACAAGUGGUACAGGCUCCACAUCAGCUCUGUAACCUCAGCACAAAGUGGAACGGAAAGGGUAAAAUCACACUAAUUCAUCUGGCAGAAUCAAUCUCAUCAGUGGCUACAAACAUUCCCAAUAAUAUAUAAUACAGUUCAGCUGUUGGACUUACCCAGUGAGGCUGCAAACAGCACAGUCCUUUCCUGAGAAGAGAGAGGUACUUUCAGAAUAACAGACAGCAGCACUAUAUACAAGUUUGUUUAUCUAUGAAUUCCUAUUCACCAAACUAAUUUCACCUGGGGGAAGGCUGCCUUUCAGCUGGCAACUCACAAGUUCAACUUGCAACACCCAAAUAUAGGAGACACAAAGCUUACAAAUCCUAACUGAAUUGGAAAUACAGAAUUACAAACAUUGGAAGAAACAGGGUAAGUACAAAGCUACUACUUGCUUUGUGAUGCUGUCUCUCCCCAUUGGAAAAUUGUAUUUAAUGAGUUUAGGUACCCAAAUUACAAGUCUCAUAGAAAUCAUCCCAAGAACCUAUCUUUAAAAAUUAGAACCAGUCUGUUGGGAAACAAGAUCAUACAGCAAAUAUCUAGAACUUGAGUCUAAAUUUGCGUAGAGCCAGCAUAAAGAUCAGCAAAAAUUGCUGAGAAGUGACAACUAGAGAAUAUAGAGUUGUUUUUCUUUUAAUUACACAGUGCAACGUUGCAAUAAACUCCCAAUUUUUAGAGUCAUUGAGGCCACAUCUGUUCAGUCAGAACUCCACACCAAGUUUACCACUGACUACACUCAGGUACCUGCUCAGAAACAGCCCUUCCUUUUCAUGGCAAAUUCAGAACCACACGGAAGUGCAUUCUUGCUUCAGGCACAUGUUUAUUCCCACAGUAGAUGGGAGCAGGAGAAUCAGAAUACAAUAAAGGGAAGACAAAUCAGAUCUCUUACAGGACACCUUUUAGGUACCACUACCUAGGCAUUCAGCACAAAGACAGUAUUCCAGGAAUUACAAACCCCCAUGUACUCUACACUUUCCUCAGGCACAUCCACCUUGUUUCUCACAGGAACUCCCCACGAGAUUCACCCUGUAAAGAAGCGAAAUUUUACUAACACUCUCUCCUUGGCAGUGCUUCAGGAUUUAGUUUGAAUGUGGGUACUGUUUCAGCACAAGAGUUGUCCUCAGACUCUUUCAGAGAGAUUCCCAUUGCUUAGAAUUCAUCACAAACAGUACAUGCUUAGAGCAGCUUGAUGUUGUGCCACUUUUGUCUCAGAGGAUCCGAUCUCAGCAUUUCAGACCUUAUCCCCAACCACAUCUUCAUUCACAUCAUGCAAAAGCCCUGAUCUAGCAUUUAAGAAAAAUAAUUCACCACAGUAAGCCCUGAAGAUUAAUGCUACUCCCUGCAAGAGCCCACUACUUAAUUAACUACUGGCUUUGGUGAGCACAAGCUCUGUGCUGCCAGGUUACCACACACUCAUUAACGAGGAACUCAAGGAGCCCAUAGCAGUUGGACAUUCCAAAUGGUCCCUAUUACUUCUUCUCAGUUACAGAAAACACUUAAAAGUUUUAAAAUAUGAGAUAUGAAGCACCUUGGGUGAGUGAACCCUGCAGGCUGCUGCCAAUAUGUGGGGUUUUUACCUGGUAAAGGUAAUAAAAUCCUCCAGAAACCUUCUGCUUGGUGCUGCAGCUGCAAUUAUAGGAUCUAGAAACUUCCCCAUCCCCUGUAUCACACAGUUCUGAGCAGUUCCAAUCCAUGUGCUGGCGACUUACCUUUUGCUGGCAGCACUCCCAACUGCCCCACUUCCCAGCUCCACUGCACCUGGAAUAAUGCAAACUAUCAGGACAGCACGGAAAGCAGCAGAGGAGGGUGGAAACUCAGUCAGGUGCCUGCAGUCAGAUAGAGCUAAUGGCAGACCUCCACAACUGGAGUCAGGGCAGUCACAUCUCAUCACACAGGCAGCUCUGUCAGUCCCUGCUCUAGGCCAAGGCUGCAAAUCCACCAGCAGUGCCAUCAAGGCCACUCUCUGUGCUCAGCUCUUCACUGGAAGCUCACACCAGCCUGCCAAGGCUGGGCCUUAUCCAGGCAGUUCCCCCUUUAAACAUCCUCCGGUUUUGGCUGAGAUGGCAAGCAGCAGACAACACCAGCCACUGGCCUCUUCCCCCCAGGUAACAAGAAGGUAAAUACUUCACUUCUGGGCGUAUUUUAGAAUAUUGAUACUUGCAGAGUUAAUCAAAUACCCACCUUGCAAGGAGAAACAUUUUGGAAGCCUGCAGAGAAAAAUUUCCUAUUAGACAAGGUCCAGCAGGAAGUUUUAGCAUAAGAAUAGUUCCAAUAAAAUACUGUAUCAGCAUUUGGUCAAGUUUUGUCCUCAUAGGGAUCAGAGACCUGAUUCAACAUCAUCUACAGUAGAGGUCGCCUCACCUCCAUCCCCUCCCAGAGAAAAGUCAGCUCCCAGCAAGCUCCAACACCCCAGUAAGUUUAUCCCUCAGCUCCAGAGACAACUGAAAUUGCAGGAAGGAGCAAACUUCUGGAGUGCGGAGUUCAGUGACAUCAACUUCGUGUUAAUACCCCAGCCAUGCUAAGCCAGGAUAAGCAUUUUGGGCACUAAAUUCAGAGUACUAUGGUAUUCACCACUCAGGUUUAACAGGCACUUUCCAGAAAUCUUUACCACCACAAUUACUUCCUGCUUUAUAGUGUAACACGGGAAGCUGAAAGCACACUUUGCUUCACGCUUUCCAGAGAAAACACAAGGAAUUUGCAGACAUCUCCAAAAGCAAACACCCAAGCUCAAAUGCAGCAGACAAAAGUGUCCAAUAAACCCUAAAAAUGGUUUAUUAAUUACCUGCAAUUAGGAAGGCCUUGGCUUCACCAACAUCAGUAACAGAUGAAAUAGCUUCUCACACAAGAGGCACAGGUCUCCUCUGUCCAGGGCAAUCUGUAAAGCAACAAAACCCUUUCAGAAGUUGGAGCAUCAACACCUGAUUAACCUUAUUCUGCUGUACUUGUGUUUAAUUUACAAGCACAGCCUACUCUAUACCCUUCUAUUCAUCCCACUAAACUUUAUGUUUAUCCCAUUCACUGAUUUUCUGGGAUCAAUUUUCAGAACACAUUUACUGAUCAAAAGGAAGUGUUUCCCUCUCAGCUUUCCACAUGAUUUGACUGGAACAGCCUAAGGACAGGAGGCUGCAUCAGACAGGAGCGAAAGACAGUGACAGUGUGAUCAUCACGGCUCAUCUGCUGAACUAUGCUGUCAUCACAGCAGCCCCUCACACAGCAGGGACCCAAAUGAGUUUGGACAGACACAGGCAAUGCAAUGUUUACCUUGCACAGGUUAGAGCCUCAUCUCCCAGUGCCUGCAACAAAUGAAAAAAAAAAAAAAAAAGACGUUAUUUCAGCCUUGGUGUCCAAGCCCAGAGCUCCUGAUGAGAUCACAAAAGGCAGACACAUCAGAUAGGAGCGAAAGACAGAAGUGUUCACCACAGGAUGCUCUGCUGAACUAUGCCAUCAUCACUGUAUCUGCUUUGGAAUCAUCCUACCAAGCAAUCACCUCUUGUCGCAGCUUUUACAAUUAAGUUUUCCCAAUAAAACAAAGAAACAUUCACAAA